UUUUCAAAUUUAUACUCGUCACAAUAUGACAGCAGCUCCAACUAUAAUUCAAUUGAGCAAUGGCGACAGAGUAAAUCGUUUCACGGUUUUCAAAAAACUUGGAGAAGGUACAUUCGGAGCAGUGUAUGCUGUGCGAGAUGAUGCUGGGGCGGAACAUGCACUGAAAGCUGAGUUGGCAACAGAGAAGAUACCGUUGCUGAAAUUGGAGUUGUAUGUGAUGCAGAAGCUGUCUAUGAAGGGACCCAAGCACAUGGCCACUCUUAUUGACAAGGGACGCCACGAGAACUUCAACUACAUUGUCAUGAAAUUUCUUGGAAAAUCCCUGCAAGAUGCAAAGAAAACAGGACCAGAUGGCCAUUUGACAUUGGGUUCAGCGAUCGGAGCUUCGAUCCAGUGUUUGGAGGCCUUGGAAGAGCUACAUUGGUGUGGGUUCUUGCAUCGAGACGUGAAGCCUGGCAACUUCUGUCUCGGAAGAGCAGAACUCGGCGAGCUCCGCAAGAUCUUCGUUCUCGAUUUCGGAUUGUGCCGAAAAUUUGUGGAUGACCGAAAUGUGAUGUUGCAGCCGAGACGGAAGGCUCCAUAUCGGGGAACACCUCGCUAUGCGCCAAUCGCAUCUCAUAAUAGAGCGGAACAUGGAAGAAAGGAUGACGUCGAAAGCUGGUUCUAUAUGCUCGUCGACUUUACCAAUGCAGCUCUUCCUUGGAAAGUUGUGAAUGAGAUCCCACAGGUUGGUGAAAUGAAGAAGAACUCUCGUUUUGAUCCACUCGUGACUCAAUUAUUGGCUGGAUGUCCGGUAGAUGAGUAUCGCCUGAUCAUGAACCAUAUCGAUGGUCUUUCAUUCUUCAUGGAGCCCAAUUAUGGAUUAAUCUAUUCAACACUGAAAAGACUGAUGCAAACCAGAAAUAUCCAAGAAUUUCCGUACGAUUGGGAGGCUGAGUAUGCUGUGAAAUAAUAGAACUUCGAUUGUCGUUAAAUGAAAGAUCACACUUUUUG